CGUCAAGGCCGUUCCCCACGCUCAUCGAAUUUUCAAGCUUCCCUCCACUCUCUCAAUCUGUGAUUCUGCUUAAUGGAAGCGGCUCUUCACGACAAGUCCUUUAGACUGAGAACGAUCUCUUCCACCAUAUCAUCAUGGACAUCAGUCAGCUCAAGAAACUACGAGCAGCAGGGAAGCUGGAGGAGAUGGCGGCGGUGGCACAUGCUCUGGAUCUAUACACAACAGCAGGCUUCUCUGUGCAUUACAAGGCUUCUCAGGCACUAUCGAUCCCCGAUCUCGAGCCCUUGAUAUAUCACGCCUUGGCUCAAAUGCUUCGUGAGCUUCCUACACUGUUUGCUGUUCCGAUUGUUGCCGAGGGCGCAGAAACUUACUUCGCGCGCCUACCGUCCAUCGAUCUUAGAAAAGUCACUUCGUUUAUUCAGCGGCAAAAACCCAUACCUACUGAUGGCAACGGCAGAGAUGCAGAACUUGAUGCCCUGUUGCAACAACAAGUCAACACCAGCUUCAAAUCUGACCAGGGCAUCUUGCCGGUGUGGCGAUCGAUCGUCCUCUAUGACUUUGCAGAGGAACAGCAAUUCACGACUAACUUCAUGGUCCAUCAUGCGAUAGCCGAUGGCGCUUCUUUUCAAAUUCUACACCGAGCAUUUCACAAAGCUCUGCAUACUCUAUCUUCUUCGCAUUCCGCCAUGAAGUCCCAAGUCGAAUACAUCAUAUCAUCCAAAGACGACGAUGGGAUCGGUCCGCCGCUGGAGUCAAUACAUUCUCUGCUGAUUCCUGAAGAUGCGCCACAGACUGAUGCGCCAAAAUACAAUGAUUGGCUGGGCAAUCUCACCGAAGUGCCUAGUAAGACUGGAUACGCAACACUCACUCUCUCGCCACCAAUGGUUCAAGCCUUCACACAAGAAUGCAAAAAAAACAAGGUUGCGACACCUGCUGGCCUCAACGCUCUCAUCACCAAGACGAUAUACAGCAAUCUUCCCCCCACAACAGAGUCCAUGGACGUCAAUAUUCCCGUCGAUAUACGUACUGAUCUACCUCCAAAAGCCGUCGAUGGCGUGAUGGGGAACUUCUUCGACGCCUUCAGAACUAGAAUAUUCCGCUCAGAUUUUUGUGGGCAGGACUCUUCUGAGCUAGGCGAUAUUUGGACUGCAGCUCGCAAAGUUCAAUCAGAUACGAGAAAGUAUUUCUCGCGUGCAGCACCUUCUGGAGAAACAUAUCUUAACAUUGCCGGCUUAAAGAAUAUACCAGAUCUCCAAGCUCUUUUGAAACCGAUGAUUGGUGGACCUCGCAGUGAGUCUCUGGAAUUAGCGUACAUUGGUCCUCACGUGCCUUAUUCAGACGCGAAUCUGGGUAACAAACUUGUCUGGCAGGCCGGAAGAGCAACGGUCAGUCGGUGUGCGUUUGCUCUAGGAGCAUGUUUACAAAUGACAGUGGUUCUGCAUACUGAAGGUAUGACAAUCGGCUUUGCUUGGCCAAAAGCCGCUAUUGAGGAAGGUUUAGUGGACAAGACCAUUGAAGGAAUCAGAGAUUAUUUUGUUUCCAUUACAGAGCAUUCCAUAUAGAAACGCGAUGCAUUGUUUCAACAAGAAUCACAAUAGCCAUCAUGGUAGUUGGCACAUUCGAG